GUGUGUGAGAGAGAGAGAGAGAGAGUGUGUGAGAGGUGUAAUAAAGGAUAUCCCUCAGUGAGGAGUAAGAGACAACAGGAAACAUGGCAGACAAUGAGCAGAGAAAAGAGAAGCAGACCAAAUCCAAGACGGAGUGCUGUGGCUACCCUCUCAGCAUCUUCUUCAUCGUCGUGAAUGAGUUCUGCGAACGCUUUUCCUACUAUGGCAUGCGAGCCGUGUUGGUGCUGUAUUUCCGUUAUUUCCUGCGUUGGGAUGAUGACUUGGCCACCACUAUCUACCACACCUUCGUGGCUCUGUGCUACCUCACGCCCAUCCUGGGAGCCAUCAUAGCCGAUUCCUGGCUGGGAAAGUUUAAGACAAUAGUGUAUCUCUCCAUCGUGUACACUGUCGGACAAGGCGUCAUGGCCAUCAGCGCUGUCCAUGACAUGACAGACUCCAACCAGGACGGCACUCCUGACAACAUGACCCUCCACGUUGCUUUGUCCAUGGUGGGUCUGCUUCUUAUUGCUUUGGGGACGGGAGGCAUCAAACCCUGCGUAGCUGCCUUUGGAGGGGAUCAGUUUCAGGACCAUCAGGAGAAGCAGAGAAGCACCUUCUUUUCCAUCUUCUACCUCUCAAUCAACGCUGGCAGUCUGCUCUCCACCGUCAUCACACCAAUCCUCAGAGCUCAGGAGUGUGGCAUGAACUCGCAGCAGAAAUGUUAUCCUCUGGCGUUCGGCGUCCCUGCGGCUCUCAUGGCUGUCGCUCUUGUGGUGUUCAUUGCGGGCAGCAGCAUGUACAUCAAAGCUGCACCCAAAGGCAACAUAAUGCUGGAGGUGUGCAAGUGCAUUGGGUUUGCCGUUAAGAAUCGCUUUAAGCACCGCAGUAGCAGCUAUCCCAAGAGAGAGCACUGGAUGGACUGGGCUGAAGAGAAAUAUGACAAACUGCUGAUUGCUCAGGUGAAGAUGGUGCUGAAGGUUCUGUUCCUCUACAUCCCAUUACCCAUGUUCUGGGCUCUGUUCGAUCAGCAGGGCUCUCGCUGGACUCUGCAGGCCACCACGAUGAACGGCAACUUCGGUUUCUUCACCGUCCAGCCAGAUCAGAUGCAGACUGUGAACCCCAUCCUGAUCCUGGUGAUGGUCCCCAUCGUGGACAGCCUCGUCUAUCCUCUUAUAAAGAAAUGUGGUCUGAACUUCACGCCUCUGAAAAAGAUGACCGUGGGUAUGUUUCUGGCGGCAUUAGCGUUUGUGGCAGCGGCUCUGGUGCAGAUUCAGAUCGAUCAAACACUUCCUUCAUUCCCCUCUUCAUCUGAAGCUCAGGUGAAGUUCAUAAACCUGGAGAACAGCACGUUGAGUAUAUCUGUGAAUAGACAACCAGAAGAAAUUCAGGCUUUCCAGUCGUAUGGCUACAUGACCCUGACCUCAGACACUAUGAGCUUAUCAGUCGGAAACAUAUCUCACGACUCACCUCUGGUGAAAGGAGAUCGGCAAACUUUCCUGCUCACAUCAUACGGAAUUCAGGCACAAGCUGAUGAUUUAAACACCAAACCGGAACAAGGCAAUAACGGUAUCAGAUUUGUGAAUGGCAACGGCAGGACGCUGUAUGUGCAGUCAGGAUCUAAAAACCUGGGAGCCAUUGGUCAGUUUGAGUUCUCCAACUACACUCUGUUCCCUGAGGGCAAAGCCACCUUUAUCAUAUCGGAGAAUGCGAGACUGUUGUGCCCGUACCCCAUGAGUCUGGGUUUUGGGAGCUCCUACACUCUGCUCAUACCGAGCACCUUUGAGUUCGGACCUGAAUGUGGAAGCACCAUCCAGCAGAUAGAAGACAUCAAGCCCAACGCCAUCCACAUGGCCUGGCAGAUCCCACAGUACUUCCUCAUGACGUGCGGAGAGGUGGUGUUCUCCGUCACGGGUCUCGAGUUCUCCUACUCACAGGCGCCUAAGAACAUGAAGUCAGUCCUUCAAGCCGGCUGGUUGUUGACCACUGCCAUGGGGAACAUUAUAGUGCUGAUUGUAGCUGAAGUAGGACAACUUCCUGACCAGUGGGCCGAAUACGUGCUGUUUGCAGCACUCCUGAUGUGUGUGUGUGUCAUCUUCUCCAUCAUGGCUUACUACUACACCUACAUUGACCCGGACGAGAUCGAGGCCCAGUUUUCCGAGCAUGACCCCGACAACAAGGAGAAGAAGCAGCUGGAGAUGAAGACGGACGCAGUGUACACCUCAAACGACGAGAAACCGAAUCCAAACGAUAUAAAAAUGACCAAGAUCUGAACGUCAUACACAGGUUCCUAAUCCUGCAGAGGAAAAGAAAUUAUCGCAGACUUUUAAAUUCCCUGAAAAGCCAGGAUAGUUCUAAGCAGAGGCUUGAGGACAAACCCAGAGGAAGUGUGUUGGACUGUUGGUGGUGGUGGAGAGUCGGCAUCCAAUUUGUGGGAAGAUGUUGAGCGAUGUACAAACCCAGCACCUUACUCAAAUUUCCACAAAAUAAUAAAAAACAAAAGGGUGGAACAGUCCACACAUAUUGUUCCAUCUAAAUUCAGUAUCCUGAGGUAAUUUAAAUGUAAUAUUCUGAAUUAUUUCCACAUACAAUCCUGUUUUUUGAGGGUUUUUAAAAUAUAAUUUGUAUUUAAAAAAAAAACAAAAAAUAUAUCAUCAUGGAAAAAUGCACCUAGUUUAACAUUUGUAUUUAAUGUAUAAGUAUAUAUUUUGUAGCAUGACUUUUUUGUACAUAAAGUUAACGUUAAUGCGAUAAUGUGUGUUCAUUGUAAAAUGGUAAACCUUGAUCGACUAUCAAUCGAGUACUUCAGUAAAGAACUUUCUUUCAUA